AUGCUGGACAUUAAUGGCCAGACUUAUUUCAAUGAUGAGCUGUUAGAAGAGGAGGUAGAUUUCAUGUGUGGGACAUAUUAUUUGCAUACCAACGAUGGGAAUGUUGAAAUCGUCUCCUGGUGGCCCAGGCCCCAGGCCUGGGCUGCCUCAGGACUAAAUGUGGGGUUCUGGUCCAGUUGCUCUGAAUUUUGGUUCCAGUUGUGCCUGGACAACAUUCAACAGGGUGUUUCACAAGAGCAACAUAAAUUCACUAAUGAUGCUAAUGGUCCAAUGACUGGCUCGCAGUGGAAAGGCUCAAUGCAGGCACCAAAAAAAUGA